AUGAGAUAUACUUUGAAGAUGGUUCUGCAAAGUCACGAUGCCGAGGAUGGCUGGUUCUACCGUCGCGGAAAUAUCUUCGAGCAGACAUUUUGUUUCCUGGCUGCGAAUUUGACUGUAGAUUCUUUAUUCGCGCAAGAAGGGGUACGUUUUUGAAUAAUUAAUUGAUGGUUUUACUCCAAACAAUAUUAAAAAUCUUUUUCUCUUACGGGUCUCCUAUAGCUCGAUCGUAGAGCAUUCAUACAAGUAACCAGAAGGUCAUGGGCUCUGUUCCUGUUGGGAGCGAAAACUCGGAUUUCUCUUUACCGAGUCGCCGGUCUCACUAACUCACAAAUCCCUUUCUGUUGUGCUUAGUGUCUAGACCUCUCCACGGCUGUAGUUGUAUGUUUUGUUUUCCCAAUGAAGGUGUCAGGGGAAUUUGCCCCUCUGUCUCAGUCAUAAUUCAUGCGUGCAAAUAUACGUGAAUAAGACGAAAUUUGAAAGAAACAGUUCUCGAGUAUUAUCACAUGACCUGCAUUGUGAAAACAAUACCUACAAGCUAAAGAGGUCUAUUCUUGUCAAGAAUUCUUUUUGCGAAUAAUAUAUUAUUCGUGAUAUGCUCAGGUGUACCUCAUUUGGUCGAAGGUAAAUAGCUUCAGCAAACUCAAACGUGGGCCCUCGGACUGGCAUAAGAACAGGCGCUGUAAACAUAAUAGCCUGAGUAGCGGGCGUUUCAAGGGGAAAGGAAACGCGAAAUUCGCCCGCGCGAGGAAGAAAGGAAGGGAAUGCCUGCAAGAACACAAUUGUUCGACCUGUUUUUUAAGCCCAGAUUCUGUGCGUAAAAAAACGCCAUUGAUUAGAAUUAAUCAUGCGUUAAUCACAGACGUCAUACCUCGAUCGGAUUGGUAAAAGUCAUUACCAGGCUAAGCACAUGACAAGCCUGUUGAAACACAGACAUUUAAUACGUGAAACUGAUCAUGCAUCGCACUUCUGUACGCAAGUUAAGAGCUCUUUGACCUGUCUUUGGGGCUGUUGCUAGGGAAAAUCCCAGCCGUAUAGCUUAGACUCCUUUUGUCAUGCGUUGGUCAUUUUAUUGCACCGUACUUGAAAGUGAUAUACGAAUGUAAAUCUGACGUCACUGGACCACGCCCAUGAUCUCCAACCUCGUUCCCAGGGUUCUCUCUCUUUCCUUGAGAGAGAACCCUGGUUGCGGCUGGUCAUGUGUGUCAAUAAACUCAGGGUAAGGCUAAUUUGCUAUUUUUAUCUUUGGUUCUUGGAGCAACUGAAUAUGAGCUAAAACUGGAGGCCGUAAAAUUUACAGGUACAUGCUAUCUGUUUUGGAAAGGUAAAUAAAGGAGUAAGGUUUCUUGUGAGGAUAGUUCUGAAAAUUUUGAAUUCGACCCGUUUGAUUUUCAAACUGUUUCGUGUUGUGUGAACAAGAAGGUACUCACUUGACAACACAUGGACACUAGUCUACUUUAUAAAGUCGUAUUUUAAUGACCAGUACUGACAAAUAUAACCCUUCAUUGCACUUUCAUCACAUAGAUGAAAUAUUAAGACGGAAUCUACUAGGAAAUUGAGUAAUUUUAAUACUCAGUGGACAGAAACCUUGUACCAGAAUAAUUUAAAGCAUACUGCAUUCUUUUUUACAUUUUUCAAGGGCUAAAGAUGUAAUUAGUCAUCUGUGAUAACACCAAAGAAAAUUUGUUAUGGGACUCGGAGAAAAUGAAUGCCAAAUUUCACAAGAAUUGUGAAAACACAGGUAAAAUUCUGAAAAUUUCAUGUGUAAGAUGUCAUUUUGUGAAAUUUGACAUUCGUUUUCUCAGGCUCCCAUAAGAAAUUUUCUUUGGUGUUAUUACAGAUGAUUUAUUACAUCUUAAGCCCUAGAAAAAUGUAAAAAGAAUGCAGUAUUCUUAAAAUUAUCCUGGUACAAGGCUUUUGUCCACUGAAUAUUAAAAUUACUCAAUUUCCUGAAUAAUGGGUUCCGUCUUAAGGUGACUCGACCCAGUUUUUUGGGGGGGUACCAUCCUACUUUGAAGCUCUCUGGUAUCCCCACCUUUACUUUUGUCGUAAGUCUAACACAUAGAAUGGAUAACAUAUAGAUCAAUCUACAAUAUAACAUAAAAUUUUUGGCGAUCGGAGUAAAUGUCACGUGGUUAUAAUGCCACGCCCCUUUGAGGUCUGAGUCGAAAAUCUGCUGUUGCCGGCACUUUUUCGUGAAAAUCUCUCGGCUACACAUAGUGCGCAUUAGUGCCUUGCGCUGAACAGAGUUUCACCAAAAUCGCAAAGACCCAAUUCGAGAAAUUCAGCGGUUUCCAAAUUUAGGUCAUAAUUUAUGCGAAAAUGAUAAGCAAACUUUAUACGGAUUAUAUCUAACAAACUAUAAGAUUCAUCUCUGUAUUUUGGGCAUCCUUAUAACAGAUGGGUCCUUGCAAGUCAGCAAAACGCUUUAGGGCCUUGCAGAUGCGCGCGAUUUCGAGCAAAGCAAACAUAUAGAAAUUAUAGUUUUCGCUAUUUGUUGACGUUUGUCAGCGUUUAAGAGUCCUUCUCAUGAAAAAAGCAUUUUCUUAAAAAUUCGUAGUUUUUUUUCCUUCAAAUUUUUUCAGGGCCACAAUUGAUUAACGAACUACCCAGACUCUGAAUUUCAUGGUCAUUGAAAAACUGUGACAUUACCUUCUAUAACCCCAAACUUGAGUAAACAUUGAAGAUUUGUAACGUUUUGGCUGAGUUUGUGCUUUGGGAGUUGUCUAUUGUUUCUAGUCUGUCAUUAUACAGCAUUCUUGUUCAGCACGCGUGCAAUGACCACGCUUGGCUGACUUCCGAAUGCUCAUCGAGAUAUGAUAAUUUAGUAUAAGAAAAUAGAAGGCAUUCCCGUCACGAGUUGGUUUAAUUAUUGGCGUGCAUUAAACCUAUGAAAAAAUGAUAUUUUUUUAAUAGUAAGUAGAUUUAGUGUGUAGCACUUCUUGAUUUUUAAAAAUUGUGAGUUAAACCUCUAUGUAUCAAGCGAUGGCCUGUCUCACUCUACCAAAAUUACCGAGAACAACUUCUAUCGCGCGCGCUGACUUCAAAUAAGAUUGCGCGUUGUCACUGUUAUGAAUGAAGAUGUCAGGGCAUUAAAAGAAAAGCUAAGCACACGAAAGAGCGCAUCAAGAAGGACUCUAUCUUAGUUUGUCAAAAAAUUCUUUACUUAAGCCAAAACAUGUCAAUGAAUGUAAUAAUCUGCUUUUAGUUUAAUUGGGAACCUUAAUUAUUCAGAAUCCACCUUAAAAAUCGCCGAAAUGUGAGGAUGUUUAGAAAAUCGUAUUGCAAACAAUACUAGUUUAGACCCCAGACCUCUCCCGUCUCUGCACACCCUAACCCUAACCCGUGAACGGCCGAGCUCGGUACUAAUUUGAAACCAGUUCAUUCCAUAAAAUUGUGAAAUAUGAAUCAAAGGUAAUUUAUUUUGCUUCUUCAUGUUCUCUUUUAAAUAAUUAAACUGAGCAAAGCAAGAGACCGAAUCAGAAAUACUACUUAGCUAAAUUAAUAGCAGUGCUGUUGACACGAUUGUUAGAAAAGCUUGAACCAAGAGACGAUAAAGGGGACAGAGAAGGCAUCCCCCAUACACACCCUUUUCCAUAGGUAAUUCGUCUCGAGUUAGUUUUAGAAUCGGGGUAAAGUUAUCUCGCGCGCUGCGUGGAUGUUUCGUGGACGUUUCACGUGACUAAACGCCGUGCAAGCAUGUCGGGCGAAAGGCAGUGAAAGCGUCAAGAGAUCGAGAGCAUUCCUGAAUAUUGACGCGAAAUGAGUCGGCGCUCACCAGAGAAAAGGGAAUCGCUAGAAUCUUCGACAACCCGUGAAAUCAGUUUAACUCGAAGUUGUCGUAACCUCAGUGCUUUAAUAAAAUGAGAAAUUUGGCCGGUCUAUUGAAACCGGUCGCGAUCGUUUGUACAAAGCAAAUAGGACGCCAAGUGUUAUUUUUGUUGAAUAAUCAAAGACUGAUAAAAGAAUGAAUAUCAAACCAGAAAUUGCUCUCUUCAAACUGUGAAUUAUAAAUGAUCCUGAGAGAAUAUUCAGUGUGUUAAGGAUUUCCCUGCUGUACUGUUAGCUCUAUGAUAUAUACAAGAGAGGAAGGACGAUUCUUUUUUAAUUUCCGUUUCGCUGACACAGCUUUAGCAGAAAUCUCUCUGUAGUCGUUUUCGUCGACAAAACGAAUAGCAAUAUCGCUCUCGCGUCUUCCGCCAUUUUGUUCUGCGUCAAUUCGUGAAGGACGCGUGGCUCUGAGCGUGGGUCAUCCACGCGAAACACAUUCGCGCUAUGUGAUUGGCUGUUGUCUAAUCCCCCUUGGGAUCUGUGGUCUUAAAAAUAACUCGAGACGAAUUACCUAUGGAAUAGGGGGUGUAUGGGGGAUGCCUUCUCUGUCCCCUUUAUCCUCUCUUGCUUGAACUUAAUAUUUCAUCUGUGUGAUGGAUACGAUCGAAGUACUUCUUUAAAUCGUAAUGAAGGGCACUAUUUGUAUUACUAGUCAUUAAAAUUCGACUUUAUUAUAUACUUUAUAUUGACUUUGUCAAGUGAGUUCCUUCUUAUUUACACUGCACAAUAUCAAGCGGGUCGAAUUCAAAAUUUUCAGAGCGAUCCUCACAAAAAAUUGUCGUGAAAGAACAAUAAUAAACAAACCCAGUAGCUCCUUUAUUUACCUUUCCAAAACAAAUGGCAAGUGCCUGAAUACUGCCUCGAGUUUAAGCUCAUAUGCAGUUGCUCCAUGGACCAAAAAUUAAGGUAGUACAUUAGCCCUAACCUGGUGAGGAGUUCAUUGUCACCAGCUGCAACCAGGGUUCUUGCUCGAGCCAAGAGAGAGAACUCUGGAAACGAGGUUGGAUGCUAUUGUGACGUUUCAAGAUGGCGCAGAUUUGGAACCGACAACCUCUUUUCUCGUUUUCAUGCGCUUAGGAACAUAAACAGGCCGCCGACGAAAUCACAGAACACCCAACCACUAAAAUAGGGAGCGUCUCGUUCGUCGACGCAAAAAUGGUAGAUAACAAGGAAAAAAGGAAAACGUAAAUGAAAUGUUUACAGUGACAUGAUUUCUCUUUCAAAAAGGGCUUUUUUUUAACGAAACCCUAACCCUAACCCUAAAUACCUGAAAAGUCUCUAACAACCCUGUUUCGCCAGUUCUAAUUCUGAACUGAGCGAGUAGUUGGUGCCGACGAAGAAACUUAUAUAGUCCUGAAUUUCACAACACGAUGCCAUGCGGCAGCCAUUAUUUCAAAACUGGAGAUUAUUUACCAAGGAUUAAGAAUGGUUUCCUUCCAGUGCCCUCGAAAACUUAAAUAGAUAUAUUGUACGUGUAAUGCUGCGAGCAGAUGUUGGGCAGUAAAACAAUAUCUGAAAAGGAUAAACUGACGUACACAUUUUGCUAAUUACAGACCCUUUUAUUGGUUCAAUUAAUAGUUGUGAGAUAAAAGACUACAAGGAGUCUUAAAAUCACGAGGUCUCUGUGAUUUAGGUCUUUAUUAGCCAGUUUACAUUCAUACGAUAAUAAUUUGAAACUGCUGGGGCUAGGUUAUUUUCUAAACACCACACUUCAAAUUUCUGGUGUCGGCUUUUCAGUACCAGGUCUAGAUCGCACAAAAUUCGGCUUUUAUCUAUUUCAAACUUAUUUGUUUAUUGUUGUCCUAGUGAUAUCGAUUUUACUUAAAACUGCAUUUUGACAAACUUCAAUCCAAAGUCAGUCAGUGCUGAAAAUGUUAUAGCGAUCGGACAAGGAUAAAUUCACUUUAAAGGCGAUUGAAAAAUAUCGGUUUGGUCUCCGUAUAUCUGGUAUGAUAACGCCGGUCGGUACUGGCGCGGUAAUUCCCCCUCUCCCUUUCCCUUUAAAGGCUCACCACGCAGAAUAUAAAAAUAACCGCAAUAAUAAACUUGCAAUUACCGACCGUUAGAAAACACCAUGAUGUCUUUUUCUAAAGAAUAGUCUUGCGGAGAAGAGUCUAUAUGGCUCACAGAACAAUGUAGACUUUCAAAAAAGUCUUUCGUCGGAUUUCAAAUGGCGCGGGACGAAGGACUUUUCAUACAUGAUUGGCGCCAAUUUUACCGACCCAAAAACGGGUCGGUGCGCUUGGACCAAUCAGAGUAGCCCCCAAGGACCCUUGGGGAUAAAGCUGCCACCCACAAGUACUAAGCGCAUUGAAACGUGACUUGCGGUUCAAAUUCCAACAUGGGCUCGAAUGUGAGGUGGAAGGUGUUGACAGGCCAAACACUACUCAUAAGCUCGUGAUAGUGUGAUACGUGACCUUAUAGUUUUGUUCUAACGAGGAUAUCUCCCAGCGAUUUUGCUCUUUUAUAUGAGAUGAUGGGGUGCUCGUUGUAUGUUUCUCUCAGUAGGGGUUGAUCUGGAAUUAAGUGCCAUUUGCUCAUUAAAAUGUUUUUAGGGUUCUGCAAAGCGGGGUGGUACGUGGUAACGAAAGCCGGGCAGAAUUUUCUUUCGCACUUCAUUGUUCUUUUGUAAAACUGACUUCCGUUCGGAAAAUUUAAUCUCAGAGGUGAUUUUUUUUCUAUGAUAUUGUGAUGGUAACCUCUAGCGCGAAGGCUUUUUUUGAAGUUGUAGAUGUUCUCAUUUAAGGAUUUAGCUGAGGAGUUAGUUCUCAGAAGUCUAAGGGCUUCGCCCUUUAUGAGACCUUCUCUGACCCCGUGAGGAUUACAGGAAGAGAAAUGCGUGUAUUGAAAAGUCUCUGUAGGUUUAAAAUGUGUACGGAUGUCAAGGAUUCCUUGGUUGUGAAAUCUCCUUUCCCAGUAUUCACUCGAGAUUGAAACAAGUUUUUGUUUUUUCCCGACCGCCUGAGGUCGUCAACUUUCGCCUAAAAUCAUUGUUAGAGACAACUUUCGCACAAAGAAAACAAAUUUGCUCCUUCGAUGAUGGAGAUACACACACACGUUCAAUAGAUCUACUCGGAGUGGAAUCAGUAUAUUCCGCCAUUGAAGUCAAGGACUCGCAAAUGAAACCUGAAACCCCGAAUGCGAGUCACGCCACUCCCUAUUCUUGGCGCGAAAUGCAAAUGAAAACCCUUCAAGCGAGACAAGUCGACCUCUCGCGACUUCGUCGCUGGCGGUCGGCCGCUUCGCGGCCAAAAAAGGCUCGCUCCGCUCGCCAAGAGGUCGACUUGUAGUAAGUCUAAGAACAAUGUAAUAUUAUUGUUCUUGAAUAACGUUCCUAUGCUCAACAAUAUUUUUUCCUAGUAAUAUGACAAGAAAAUAAUUUUAUAAAAUUCACCGUAUUUACGUAUAUUUCUUUAAUACAAUAUUCUUUCAAGGGCAGGCAUUGAUUCAUGUAGGUUUGAAUGUUUUAAAAAACUUUACCAAGAUGUAGCCUUACCGUAAUAUUGUAUUUCACCUAAAACACCUAAAAACUGGAAACACCUUUAGGCCCCGUAUCCGGAUAUUUUCAAUCCGCAACUUUUUCAUUCCAGAUUCAGAUUCAGAUUCAGAUUCCACGUCCACACGUAUCCAACACUUAUCGGCAAUCUCUCUACUACCCGGAACUCCUCUUGGAAAAUUGGUAUCAGAUUCAUGCGUCCUAAAGCGCGCGAAAUUUGCAUCUUGCUCAGAGAACUGGGCCGAGUUGUUCAAAGCUGGGUUAAGAUAACCGAGGGUUAGUGCGAGAUUUGAAUUCAGAUUUGAAAGCUUAAAAAGCAUUUCAGUUUUAAUUCUUUGUUGUCCAAAAGUUGAUGAUUGGAAGCUCUAAAAAUAACAGAGAAAAUUAUCGGAGAAAAUGCUUUUCAACUCAAGAAACUUAAAGAAACCCGGGUUAAGCACUAAUCGGCCUUUGAACAACUGGGCCCUGGGCUCGAUCUUGUUACGUCGCCGGAUAAAAAAAAUAUCCGGAUUUUGCAUCCACACGAUUCUGGAUUCAUAGCGUAUUCAAAAAUUUCCACUCUGGAGAGCGGAUUCAAAAAGUUGCGGACUCGUAUUGUGGAUUCACAAGAUACGUGUGGACAGAAGCUGUAUCCGGAAAGAAAAAGUUGCGGAUUCAAAAAUAUCCGGAUAUUUGUGGACGGGGCAUCAAAAACAUGGUUUGAUAAGAGAUAAAGUUUGUUAGGAUAAAAUUCACUUUCCCAAAUGACCUAAAUCUCUGGAGGUGAAACCAUCAACCUGAGAGUUCCGAAUCACAAGGUUUCCAUUAAAGGUACGUUAACGUGGUAGAAAAACAACAGAGCCACAUUUGAAUGCGAUUUCGUAAACAUUUUGCCCUUUUCCUGUUUGUUGUACAGAUAUAGUGAAGUUUAUCAAUCGAUCAGCUUGGUCAUGGCAACAUAAGAGCCUAUCAAUAAUACUUUGCUAGAAGCCAUUUCAUCGUGUAAAAUUUUAAAAAGUAAAGGUCUCACCCUUGCAACAGCCGAAAGGAUAGGAAUAUUCAAAUUUUCCAUCAUUGCCACGCAUCAAGACGCCAUUAUAUUCAGUACCUUGGGCACUAACAUUAAACUGACUUUGAACGAAAAAAAAACGCACACAAUUGCCUUAUCUUAAAUAGGCCGUACUAGGGCUCUUGUGACACAGAUGUUCGUAGAAAAAUACAACUUUGCAGUGAAAUGUGUACAUUGUAAUAAUCAGUAUAAUAAUACGUCUUAUUUCAGACUGCGCUCUGGACAAAAACUAUGCACCAAAAGGAGAAGAGAGGCGCAUUUUAUCAAGAUAUUUGUCUAAGCUGACCUUGUCGGGUGAAAAUGGCAUUGGAAUUUGUCUCCCAGAAGAGGAAAUACCAGAUGGGUUUCAUCUGAAUUUUAAGCGCUGUUCUAAACGGUCUUUUUAUGAGAUCAGUCAAGGAUUUAAAGUACUUCUUUCGAAAGAAACUUCCUGGAGUAGCGACGAGAAAUUUGAAAAGGCAACGGAAUCGGUAUGA